AUGCUGCUGCUGGGACUGCUGUGGCUGCUCGCGUGCGCCGUCGCCACCGCCGAGAAUGGGACGCCCGCCACUGGGACGCUGCCCUCGACGCGCAUCGCCGUGGACGCGCCCGAGCAUCGCCAACCCACGUGGACGUCGCCAGCAGUUACUGCAACAACGCCAGGUGCGUCGCCUCGGCAGCCGAGCUCUCCUGACGCUGCGCCCGCCACGACGGCCGCCGCCCCGCCGCUCGCCCCCGGCAGCAGCGCCGCGACGCCGGGGGCGGGCAGCACGCGCGCCGCCUACCGCGCGCCGCCACACCCCCACUACCACCUGCACUCGGCGGGCGACGAGCGCCGCCACGGCCCCUACUUCGAGGACGGGCCGGGCCCGCACAACGUGACUGCGCGCGUCGGACACACCGUGCUGCUCGACUGCCGCAUCGGGCUGCUGCAGGGCAAGACGGUGUCGUGGCUGCACCGGCGGCACGACGCGCUGCAGCUGCUGACGGUGGGCCGGCAGGAGUACAGCGCCGACCAGCGCGUCACGCUCAGCUUCCGUUACCCCGGCAACUGGCGGCUGCGCAUCGAGUACGUGCGCCUGCGCGACCAGGGACUCUACGAGUGUCAGGUGGCCACGCACCCGCCAAGGGUGCUGCGGAUCUAUCUCACCGUCACCGCGCCCGAGGUGAACGUAACGGACGACAAGGGCCACCUGGUGAGCGAGCGCUACUACAAGGCGGGCAGCGCCGUGGAGCUGACGUGCGUCGCGACGCACCUGCAGGGCCCGCAAGAGGCCGUCGUCUGGCGGCACGGCGACGCCACGCUCACCACCGGCGUCAGUACAAACGUGAGCGACGAGCAGGACUCCAUGGUGUCGACGCUGACCAUCGAACGCGCGCAGAAGAGGCACUCUGGCAACUACACGUGUGCCGCCGGCGGCGCCGCCUCCACCACCGUCGCCGUGCACGUGCUCAACGGUGAGAUUCCUACAACAUGUUUCUUCUAA